AUGUCUUCCUUCCAAAACCGUUCUUUCAGCAAUUUGAGCCAAGAGCUCAGUGGCCUCGGACCUGGGUCGAACUCGCCUCAAACACUGGUCAAUGCCACCUCCCUCCGUACCUUCAAUAACUUUGGUACUUUACGAGAUGACGCCUCCCAAGACUUUGACUCGGUAAAUCCAAGAGCCUCCAGACCGCUUGGGCCUGGCGAGCUUCUCGUGUUUGACGAGUUAGUCACCAAGGCGGGUCUGGAUGUUGUUCACCGGGACUUAGCACUUACCAACUCCGAGUCGCAAGGCCCUUUUCGCCACUUGGUCAUGAGUGUCAGAAUGGCCAAAAUGCUUUUUGAAAUGACCAAGUUAACCGACCACCUCUUGAAGAUGUCGGAUCAAGUUGGAGGCCUCUUGGAUAAGGUCGAAGCUGGUUUGGUGAAAGUCAAUCGACUCUCGAUGAAGGGGGGAAGCACGUCUGACAAGGUUGAGAGUAUUACUGAACACCUUGAAACGCUCACCGAGUUAGUGCAAUCGGCACCCACGGUACAACCAAAUGCCAAUGGUAAUGCUUCGGUUUGGGUUAAUAACGCGGCUGCUCCCACCCCAGUUGCUUGGACUUGUUCUCCCGAACUCAGGAACGCCAUAGUGAACGCUGCUCACAGGUUCAUCAUCAUGGACAAUUUGGAGUCUUAUACGGCUUUGGAGACCCCCGAGCGCGUAUGGCUGACUUGCUCACUCUUCAAUUGUAUCAAGACCGCUGUUUGGCAAAAUGGUACUGUGUCCCAAUUCUUGCCACCUCAAGUCAAUGGCGUCAGUGAGGUCUCAUCGACUCGCACUUACAACACGGAGAUCAAGAACGUGGCCAAGCAUGCGCGCGAGCAUCUUCACUUGCUGGCUAAUUCCACCGUGCAGCUUUUGACCGGAGUGUACAAUCCCAAGAACCCCGUAAUACAUGGCACCGUUCCCAACCUCAGGGCUCUUUUACAUCGGAUUGCUAUUAAAUUUGGGCAAGCUGCCGACCAUGCAGACAUGGAUUCAGUAUGGGCAAGCACCAGCGUCCUCACACGCUGCCGAAUAGCAUAUCUCAAGCUGUGCGCAUUUUCCAGAAAGGACGCGGCUCCAGUUCCAUUUGGGCCGCUGUUGACCACCAGCUCAACGAAAUGCGUCAACGAGGGGGGGAAUAUACAGCCUCAUAUAACGGAAAACGUUUCAUUCCGAUUACCUUGGGAGGCGGACGUGAACGCUGGUAUCCUUGGAGUUCCAGAUGAAGACAUGGACCAAUGA